AUGGCCUUCCACAAGCUCGUCAAGAACAGCGCGUAUUACAGCCGCUACCAGACCAAGUACCGUCGUCGCAGAGAGGGAAAGACCGACUACUACGCCCGUAAGCGCCUGAUCACCCAGGCCAAGAACAAGUACAACGCUCCCAAGUACCGCCUCGUUGUGCGCUUCACCAACCGCGACAUCAUCACCCAGAUCGUCUACUCUGAGAUCUCCGGUGACAAGGUCUUCGCCAGCGCCUACUCCCACGAGCUCAAGCGCUAUGGCAUCACCAACGGUCUGACCAACUGGGCUGCCGCCUACGCCACUGGUCUCCUCCUUGCCCGCCGUACCCUGACCAAGCUCGGUCUUGACAAGGACUUCACCGGUGUUGAGGAGGCCGAUGGUGAGUACAACCUCACCGAGGCCAUCGAGACCGAGGACGGCAACACCCGCCGCCCCUUCAAGGCCUUCCUUGACGUCGGUCUGGCCCGUACCUCUACUGGUGCCCGUGUCUUCGGUGCCAUGAAGGGUGCCUCCGACGGUGGUAUCCUGGUCCCCCACUCCGAGAACCGUUUCCCCGGUUUCGACAUUGAGACUGAGGAGCUCGACGCCGAGACUCUCCGCAACUACAUCUUCGGUGGCCACGUCGCUGAGUACAUGGAGGGCCUUGCCGAUGACGACGAGGAGCGCUUCCGCGGCCAGUUCCACAAGUACACCGAGAACGAAAUUGACGCCGGUGACCUCGAGGACCUCUACGCCGAGGCCCACAAGGCCAUCCGCGAGGACCCCUUCAAGAAGGAUGAGGAGGAGGGCUCCAAGAAGUCCAAGGAGGAGUGGAAGGCCGAGAGCAAGAAGUACCGCCAGAAGAAGCUGUCCCACGCCGAGCGCAAGGCCCGUGUGGAGCAGAAGAUCCGUGAGCUUGCUGCUUAA